AUAGAAUUGUCAAACGAGAACCUAUCCUUUUGCCAAUCUACGCGUUACGGAAAAUUUGGAGGAUGCUAUCUAUUGAAGCGGCCAUUCCAUCCUAUGCGCAGCAACUACACUUCAAUUGGAGAAAUGCAAGACCGUCGAAAAGGAUCGAUAUGUGGCAGUGGAGUAACCGAAGCCAGUUUGAUGGAAUUUGUCUUACGUGUUAUAUCUCGCUUUUUUACAGUCGACUUCACAUGGAAGCCCCAUUACAUAUGCAACAGCAUUAUUUUUAUACAACUGCUCGCACCUCGACUAGGCUUGGACAUCUCUGCGAAGGAUACGCAUCCUUGUCGUGUCUCUUUUUAUUCCCUUCCGUGGAAAAGGAUACUUGGUCAAAGAAUAGAAGUGGCGUUUGCUCUGCUCCCCGUGCUGAGCAGACUCAUCAUGAGCAGGCUUUGCUACAUCGGCUCGAAUAGAGGAUCGGGCAGAGCAAUACUAUUUGUACAAACUGGCUACUCUACAAGUGAGAACUCAGGAUAUUUCCCAUUUCUGACAGUUUUAACAUUGGCUCGGAGCCAUCAUUGUUUUUGAAAUAUUGAACGUGUGCAGAGCCCAAAGAUCGUGGACGGUCCCGCAUAGUUCGUCCUUUUUUCAUCAACAGUCAUGGACGAGCAAAAAACAGAAAAACCUCGUCUAUAAACUAACCCUAUAGGUAUGAAAUUUAUUAGUACUUAAUUAUUAAUUGUCGCAAGGCUUAGGCCUUGCGAACCUCAUUCGCAUUACGUCUUC